AUGGUCGUCAGAGCCCCCGGCCAAGGAGGCAUCCUCCAGGGAUCCAAUCCCUCCACUUACGACCCGAAGAACCCCAUUUACGUCUUCAUCAUCCAGGCUGGCAUUAUCCUCAUUUUCACCCGACUGCUCCACCUACCUCUUUCCAAGAUCAGACAGCCAAGGGUCAUCGCAGAGGUCGUAGGCGGCAUACUACUCGGUCCCUCUGUCCUCGGCCGUGCCCCGGGUUUCACCAAUGCAAUCUUCCCCGCAGCUUCCAUGCCCACACUCUCAACGGCGGCCAACGUUGGUCUGAUCCUCUUCCUCUUCCUUGUAGGACUCGAGGUGGACUUGCGGCUACUGGUCAGGAAUUGGAGGAUAGCGCUCAGUGUUGGAGCUGCCGGUAUGGCUCUCCCAUUCGGGCUGGGAUGUGCAAUUGCAUACGGACUCUACCAUCAAUUCCGCGAUGAUAAGGGUCUCGUACCCAUCAGCCUCGGGACAUACUUGCUCUUUAUCGGUGUUGCCAUGGCCAUCACGGCUUUCCCAGUACUCUGCAGAAUCCUGACCGAGCUGAAGCUACUUCAGACCCAAGUUGGUGUUGUCGUCUUAUCCGCAGGCGUCGCAAAUGAUGUGGUUGGCUGGAUCCUGCUAGCUUUGUGCGUCGCCAUUGUCAACGCUGGAUCCGGAAUCACGGCUCUAUACGUUCUCCUCACAUGCGUCGCCUAUGUGCUUUUCCUUGUUUACGCCAUUCGCCCAGCUUUCCUGUGGCUCUUGAGGCGCAGUGGUAGCAUUCACAACGGCCCCACUCAAUCCGUGGUGGCUCUGACUGUGCUGAUGGUCUUCGCCUCAGCUUUCUUCACGGGCAUCAUUGGAGUCCACCCAAUCUUUGGAGCUUUCCUGAUGGGGUUGAUCUGUCCCCACGAAGGAGGAUUUGCCAUCAAGCUCACAGAGAAGCUUGAGGACCUGGUCACCGUAUUCUUCCUCCCACUUUACUUCGCACUCUCGGGUUUGAGUACCAACCUCGGCCUCCUCGACAAUGGAAUUACUUGGGCGUAUGUCGUCGGAGUCAUCGCGGUGGCAUUCAUCGCAAAGGUUGCCGGUGGUACCCUUGCUGCGAAAGCCAACAAGCUUGUGUGGAGGGAGAGCUUCACUAUUGGUGUUCUGAUGAGUUGCAAAGGCUUGGUAGAGCUGAUCGUAUUGAACAUCGGUCUCCAAGCAAAGAUCCUGAGUCAGCGUACCUUUACCAUCUUCGUCGUCAUGGCUUUGGUCACCACCUUUGCCACAACACCCAUAACACUCGCGCUCUUCCCACCCUCGUACCAGAAGAAACUCGCUGCUUGGAAGCGAGGUGAUAUCAACUGGGACGGGAGCCGACUUGAUUCGGAAGACGCUGCAGGCAGCUUUGGGGGGUCUGUGGCGGGCAAACCGCAGAUCACAGAAUGUCGAAGGCUUCUCGUCUGCCUCCGACUUGACAGUUUGCCCAGUAUAUUCACCUUCGUUGCUCUCUUGGGCGGUGAGAGGUCUAAUACUGCGGUUGCUAAGGUUCACCCUCGCAAGGAUGGCAAAGUCGCAGGAACCGAGACAGAUAGGCAAUCCUCAGGCCCGCAGCGACCCCUCGAAGUGCAUGGACUUCGAAUGCUAGAGCUCACGGAACGUCUCUCGUCUGUGAUGAAAGAGUCCGAAGCAGACGACUGGUCGAAUCGAGAUCCCGUGGUGAACGCUUUUCACACCUUUGGCCAGCUCAACAAUGUUGCUGUUUCCGGAGAAGUACAAUUCGCACCUGAAACACAGUACGCCGCCAUGCUGGGUGAACGGGCAACGGGCAAUACAUCUGAUAUGGUCUUACUUCCUUGGAGCGAGAGUGGUAGCCUUUCCGAAAUCGUCACGGCGUCUUUUGGUGAAGGGACUCAUGGUACUUUCAGCAAUGCGUCAUAUAAUUCCUUUGUCUAUGACUUCUUCCAAAGCGCACCAUGCAACGCAGCGGUGUUCAUCAACAACGGCUUUGGUGCGAUCCCACGCGAAGAGCCGCGGUCAUUGACCCGCGUUGCUACCGACCUCAGCUUGCGAAGCAAUGGGUUACAUACGACGGCACCGCUCCGAGAUCUCAGCCAUCACAUCUUCUUCCCUUAUGUCGGAUCAGUGGAUGACCGGGUCGCCCUGCGCUUCGUUUUGCGACUGGCUCGGAAUCCGAAUGUCACCGCUACCAUUGUGCAUGUGAAGGGACCGAGCGAUGAGACCAUGGUGGCUGGAACGGGCAAGAACAAUGCCAUGGUUGUCACGAGCGUUGUGCCGGAAAGUGAUAGCGAGGCAUUCUUCCAGUCGAUGGCCGACUCCCUACCGGGAGAAAUGCAAUCGCGCGUCUUCUUCGAUACGGUUGAGACGCUGAACACAUGGGAUGAGUGUGUGGAACGCGCCAAGGCGGAGGUUGGGCUCUCGCCCAAGAACGCAGGUGACCUGGUGGUGCUGGGCCGAGGUCAGCGAGGCAUGUCGUAUGAGGGCACCGAUAUCUCGAAAGGGGAUGUUGAUCAAAGCCUGAGUCAUAUGAGCAAGGCUCUGAUCAGCGGCAACGUCAAGGCUAGCAUUUUGGUUAUCCAAGCGGUGCGGAAGGGGUACUAG